ACGUAGCGGCUAGCAUGGCGGGUGCAGAGCAGGCGAUGGUGAAGGUGCGCAUCCCGCAGGGCGAGCUGCUCGGCCGCCGCCGGCGCACAGUGUGGGGGUUCCCCUACUACUCCUUCCAGGGAAUCCCCUACGCGGCGCCACCGGUCGGACCUCUGCGCUUCAAGCCACCUCAGCCGGCUGCCGGUUGGAGUGGAGUCCGAGACGCCACCAAAGAGGGCAACAUGGCGCCACAGAUUAACCUACUGGCGGGAAAGUACGAUGGCGACGAGGACUGCCUCUUCAUCAACGUCAGCACGCCCAAGCUGCCGUCAGAGAGCUCUGGCGGCCUGUUGCCAGUGAUGUUUAUGGUCCACGGAGGAGGACUGGUCAUUCUGUCGGGCAAUGAGGACUUAGCCCGUCCAGAUUUCCUCGUAGAGAAGGGCGUCGUCUAUGUGUCCUUCAACUACCGCCUUGGAGUACUGGGCUUCCUGAGCACGGGGGACCGUGUGGUGCCGGGGAACAUGGGCUUCAAGGACCAGGUGAUGGCGCUGCGCUGGGUCAAGGACAACAUCGCCAGCUUCGGUGGCGACCCCAACAACGUCACCAUCUUCGGAGUCAGCGCAGGAGGUUGGUCCUGCCACUCUCUGGUCUUGUCGCCGUUGACAAAGGGCCUUUUCCACAAAGCCAUCGCGCACAGUGGUGUGGCUGUGGCGGACGGCGUGUGCUCCGACCGCAUGCGGGCUCGCUCCUUCGCACUGGGCGCCCACCUAGGACUGGAGACGGACGUCUCCCAGCAGCUGGUGGACUUUCUGAGGAAGCAGCCGGCGCAGGUGCUCGUCGAGAACGCCAUGUUCGGCCGCACUGAAGAGGACAAGGCCCGCAGCGUGCUGUUCCCAUUUGUGGGCACGGUGGAACCAGCUGACGCCGAGGGUGGGGCCUUCUUCCCGAGGGAUCCCGCGCAGCUUCUGUGCUCCGGGGACUUCCAGCACGUGCCACUGAUCACUGGUGUCUGCACGAACGAGGGAAGCGUCUUUAGCUCAGAUAUCGGUGACACGGUCCGCACGUCCAGCUAUGCUGCGAACCCCCGGCUGCUGAUCCCCACCAACCUGCGCUGCCCUGAAGCGGACAGGGACGCCGUGGCAGAGGAGAUUCGGCGCUUCUACUUCGGAGAACGCAGCAUUGGACCCGACACGCAAGUGGAGCUCUUCACACUUUUGGGCGACCUGAUGUUCACAUACCAUGGUGUGCGGGUGGCCAAACUACACAGCUCCAAGUCGACAGCCCCAGCCCACUUCUUCGUCUUCCACUACGUGAAUGAGAAAGUUCCUGAUGGACCGAUGGCAUCUUUGGUGCGAAAGACCAGGGAGCUGUUUAAUGGUGCUGGCCACGGAGAAGACUUCAGGUACAUCUGCAUCGGAACCAUGUUCGGUGGCCCACCUGUAAAAGACUCCUUCGACGGCAAACUCGCUGACAAGCUGACGCGCCUCUGGACCAACUUCGCCAAGACAGGGAAAGUGACCGACCCGGAGGUGUCAUGGCCGCCUUUCACGGAGCAGGACCAGUCCUACCUGCACAUCACCAGCGACGGGCUGACCAUAGCCAAGCGGCCAUUUGAGGAGCGGGUGGCCUUCUGGGAGAAACUCUACGACCGGUACGGCAGCUAGCAGCCAGCAGCAGUGCAGCAAACAACAGCAUCAGGGGAAGUCGCAGAAACCUUCUGACGAGAGAGAAAUUUCCCAUACUUCAUCGUGACGAGAUAAACUUGUGGUUCAUGUACAUCUAAAUCCUGCAAGUUCAACCAAUACUUAAUCAAUUACGGUUGUGUAAAAUACCACCAGUGUACACUUACCACUUCAUUAAA